AUGCAACAAGCGAUCGCCUACCUCAAACCUGGAGGCUGGUUUGAGUGGCAAGAAGAAUACGGCCAGCUAACCUGCAUCUGCCCAAAUGGCGCCGGCGACAUCGAAACCUGCCAAUACCAAGCUUACUGGACACUGCGCAUGGAAGAUGCGGGCCGGCUUUGCCGCACUCGGCAUCAAUCUGUGGAAAGGCGGCGAGCUACUUCCACUCUUCGAUCGCUCGGGUCUGGCGAGAGUGAAGCAGAUCACGCGGUCGAUGCCUACUGGACCUUGGCCUGAUGAUGCUUAUGAUAAGCAGAUUGGGACGCUAUGGACGGACAUGACAGUCAACGGGCUCGAUGCGCUGGCGACAAGGCCGCUGGUUGAGGGGCUUGCGAUGGAGGGGUCGGAGGUGGAGAGGUUGAUUGGGGAGGCGAGGGUGGAGUUAAGGGAGGGGAGGGCGAGGCAUUUCAUGAGAUUGUAGGUUGUGUGAAGUCAGAGUGAUGAUUAGCUUGAUGGUUUGUGCUGAUGUACUUUUAGCAUCGUCUAUUACGGCCAGAAGCCACUGCGCGCCUGAGGUAACAAUCAAGCGGUCUUGUGUAGCAUGAGUGAGAUGCCUUAUCCUGUCCAAUCUCGUGACAACGAAGAGCCCACUUAAAGGUGCAGACCAUGUACAC